CAAACUAAGAACCCAUGACUAUAUUCCCUCCCUUGGACACCCCUAAUAAACGUUCUUUGCUUCAGUUUCCUCAUAAGGAAAAUGAGGACAGUAAUAGAACCUAUCCCACAGGGUUGUCAGUAAUUUAGCAAGAUAGAAUACCUAAUCAAAGAAUCAAAAGAAAGUACAAAUUAAAUUAGAAAUAAUAAUUUUAAACUGUGGUUUUGCUAAAAAUUCUGUAAUUAUGAUGAAAUGAUUAUCCUUCUGGAUAAAAAUAAUUUGUCAAAACAACUCAAGAAAAAGUAGGAUAAUUUGACUAGAUCAUCAACCAUGGAGGAACUUAGAAAAUGUUAUAAAAACUAGACCCAGAGAGUUUUUUUUAUAAAUUCAACCCUUUAGAGCACAAAAAUUCUCGUGCGAUGUAAACUUUUUUAGAGUAUAGAAAGAGAUGAAAGGCUUCCCAGCUAAUUUUGCAGAGCAAUUUUGAUACCAAGUGUUAAUAAUGUAGCAAUACAAUACUGAUUCAUUAAUUGUGAGAAAUAUACCAUCUCACUAAUGUAAGAUCUUAGAAAUAGAGAUGCAAACAGUUUCUAAAUAAAACACCAACAAAUUGAAUGUUGUUGUUUAUAAUCAGCUGGACCCCUCACCCCAAGAACAUUAAGAAAUAUAUUAAUAUGUUGCAUCAGUAGAUCAAAAGAGAAAAGUCACUUAGUCAUCUGAUGCUGAGAAGCUAUUUGGUACUAUGUAUUAUCUGUCCUGGUUUUAAAACUACAUGCAGGACCAGCAGGAUACUACCUUAGUUUAUUUUGGAACAUCUGGCUGACCCCAACAGCCUUCCUUAGUGGGAAGAAGUAGAGGAGAAUUUUCAAAUGUGGAGACCUAUCCAUUGUUUCUACCUCUAGGAAAUCAUCCCAUAGAACUACUUGCACAGGUGCAAGACUGUUCUGCAGUGUUCUUUGUAAGAGCAAAACUUUAGAAGUAACUUGAAUAUUUAUGAAUUGGUGGCUGUGUUUAAUAAAUCAUGGCAUAUUUACAAGAUAGAACACUAAGAAGUCGUUACAGUAACUACAGUAGACCUAAAAGUACUGGUUUGGAAAGACUCUUUCCACCACAGGUUAGUUUUGCCUGUUUUUGAGUUUAAUAUCAAUUGAGUCAUAUACUGUACUCUUUUGUGUCUGGCUGUUUUUGAACUCAAGGUUAUGGUUGUGAGAUUCAGCCUUGCUGUGUACAGCAGUAGUUGGUUUAUUCUUAUUGCUGCGAAGUUCCUUUAUAUGAAUAUACCACAAUUUAAUUACUGAUAACUUGUAUAAGUUUUAUGGUCAGAAAACUCAACUAGUUUAAAAAGUGAAAUUUGAUUGAAGUUACAGCUCCAAUUAGAGGUAUUUUAUAACUUGAUACUUCUAUGCAACAUUAGUCUGCGUUUAUCUAACUUGAGUUAUUUCUCCCAUCUUCUUUAUCCCCUUUUGAUUUCUCUCUUUUGGGUUCAUGGUCAUUAGUAUCUCCACUAUAGAAUGAAAGGGAAACAGGAAAGAGAUGAAACCUGAAUCUCUUAAUUGUGCCUCUCAUUACUGCUGUGGUUCAGGAAGGAUAAAGUGGGGUAGCUCUUUCAUUAACGUACCCUUCCCAGUAACUGUGAUGCAGACAUUCAAAGCAAAUCUCUAGUACAAGAUAUAAUCCGAUACUGUUGCAGCCAGUUUUCUACCUCCAUAGUUAAGUGACUCAGAGCGAUAACCAAACCUUCCUAAUUUUAGAUUGUUUGGCUUACCUUUCACAUCCAAUUAUUUAGGUUUAAUAUAAAAUUUAAUAAGGCAAUCCUAACUUGAAAGUUGAAAUGGACCUUAGAGAUCAUCUCAACUGGUGUUCAAAACCUGGUGGAUGAGGAGGUGGUGUCUCUUGUGGUCUGCCCAGCCCACAUAGUCGGGGGGGACCCAAUCCAGAAUAGACUCCUGGCUUACAUUUUGGAGGCAAUGCUUUCUCCUUAGUCAAGAGCCUUUUGGAGCUCCUUUACAAAAGCAGUUAGCCCUUGCGUUCUCUUGUUCAUUUGUUUCCAGCAUUUACUCUGCAGGCUUUAAGUUACUAAGCAGUCACUUCACAGUUUGUAAUUGUGUUUGAUUUGAUUCUUAUUUCUAGUCAUGGGCAAUAUGGCCCUUUAGUUUUGAAAGAUUUAUUUUAAAUUGGCCAUGGAAGAAUUCUGGUUUUGUCACUCUCUAAAAUUCAUCCCAAAGUCCAAUUCUAUUUGAGUUAGCAUUCUGAGAGUAUAUCCAUAUUAUUAAGGUAGUAAGUGUAUGAAGUAACUUUUUUAUGCGUUGCUUUUCAGGAGUAGAGGUUUACCACUCUUAGGUGACUAAGCAGUAUCACAAAUAAACCCUCCAGCAAGUUUAAAAAUAAUUAGGUCCAACUCAGAGGAAGUGGAGUUUCUCCUGUUGCACAAAAAUGAUGUCUAGCAGCUCCAGUGAAAUCGAUGUGGUAAAAACAAGAAUACCUACUUAUGAUGAAGACGACAACACUGUUCUUUAUGCGUAUGAAACAAAACCUGAAUUUGUCAAUAAACAGGAACCGAAUAUUGUAUCUGAUACAUCCUGUAAUACUGAAGAGCAACAGAAGACAGUUAAUGAUGUCCUUAUCCAUUGCCAGGUUAUAUAUGAUGCUAUGCAAAACCUGGAUAAGAAGAUUGAUGUGAUUCGUAGAAAGGUUUCAAAAAUCCAACGUUUCUGUGUGAAAUCCCUGUGGACAAAUCGUAAGCGAUAUGGAUACAAAAAGUAUUCUUACCGGCUUGCUAAAAAGCUUAAACUCAAGAAAAUGAAGAAAAAUGAGGUUUACGAGUCAUUCUCCUACCCUGAAAGUUACAGCCCCACUUUACCAGUGUCAAGGUGUGAGAAUAAUUCCCCGAGCAACUUUCCAAGGCCAUCCUUUUGCAUGGAAGAAUACCGGCGAGCUGAGCCAGAGGAGGACCCGAUCCUCAGCCGCACUCCGAGUCCAGUGCAUCCCUCAGAUUUCUCUGAGCAUAAUUAUCAGCCAUAUUAUGCAUCUGAUGGUGCAACGUAUGGUUCUUCUUCAGGGACCUGCCGUGGCAACCCUCGGGCUGACGGCAUCCACAACACUUACUCAACUGACCAUGCUUCUGCAGCACCACCUUCAGUUGCAAGGUCACCAUUUGAAAAUGACCGUUACAUAGAGGAAGGAAGCAUCACUAAGCACCCUUCAACCUGGUCGGUGGAAGCAGUGGUCCUGUUUCUAAAACAAACAGAUCCUCUUGCAUUAUGCCCUCUUAUCGACCUCUUCAGAAGCCAUGAAAUUGACGGGAAGGCUCUGCUCCUACUCACGAGUGACGUGUUGCUGAAGCACUUGGGGGUGAAGCUGGGAACGGCUGUGAAGCUAUGCUACUACAUUGACCGACUUAAACAAGGAAAAUGCUUUGAAAAUUGAAAAAAUCCUUGUGCGAAUUUAGAUUGGGCCAACUUCUAGAGGCACCAAUGCCUUCUUAGUGUAGAAUCAUUUUUCUGCCCUUUAGUCGUUUUUGUUUUGUAGAAAGUAUCUCUCAAAAUAUAUUAUAGCUAGAAUUGUAGAGCUAUGUUAUAGUCUAGUCUACUUCUUUAAAAACCAUUUAACUGCUAGAUAGUAUUAGAAUAGUCCAAUAGGAAAUUCAUUCUUUAUAGGUCUUUAAAAAUUACUUUUAUUAUAUUGUUUACAAAUAUAUUUCAUGCAAGAAACAGAAAAAAAACCCUUUGAUUCUGGUUCAUCUCGAUAACAGAGAACCAAAACAGCUAAGAGAGGUAUUAUCAGGGUUGACAACUCCUAUGAUUGAAUCUAUGGGAAUUAUUCCUCAGAAGAGAAUUUAAAGGUGUACCCAUAGAUACCUCUUUCUGGAGUAUUUUAUCUGUCUGAUGUUGCAGUAUUCUACAAGUUUCCAGAAAGAGAAUAGCCAUAUAAAUUAUUUUCCUGCCUGCUAUUGUUUCUCUAUAUGUUUUAUUUAUUCAGAUUUAGAGAAAAAAUGAGCAUAUAAACUUUUAUUAAGUGCUCUUAACGGUUUUAAGAUAAACUAUAGGAUAGAUAGAAUGGUUAUUUUAUGCAAGAAAUAUUGUACCGCAAGAGUGGUUUGGAUGAAGUCUGACUACUUUUUUCCAAACAAUUAUAUUAAAACUUUCAUAUUUUGGCUAAGUUUGGAUAUAUAACUACACUUUCAUUGUUUGCAUCUCUCUAUGAAGAUACCUCUGUCCAAACUUUUAAAAGGCAUAACUUUAUUUUAUGUGUUUAUUCUUUAUAUAGAUAGUAUUUUAUAUUUUAUUCUCACCCGAAGUAUACACACAAUCUUUUUUAAAAAAAUUCAAAAUGGCAUUUUGUAUUGCCACAGAGGUAGGAUGAGCCAUGUAUUAGUGAAAUGUUUUAUUUUGUAAAAUGUAAAUGGAUUCUUUGCCAUCACUAGUACCUCUCAACUUACUUUUUAGAGGACAAGAAACAAUCUGUAGAUUGGUUUCCAUACAGGGAAGUUCUCUGUCCUAUGCAAUGUUUCUAAUUAAUUUGCUUAAUUCUGAGCCAUUAAUCCUGCUACACUUUGAAUGAUACAUUAAUUCAGACUAAUCUUUGGGGGCUUUAUUUUGUAAGUUAGAGCUUUCAAGGGAAACAUGUUCAACACUAUUAUUUUGUUAUAAAUUUAUAACUUUGUUAUUACAUUGUAUAACAAAUAUAUAAGGUUUAUAAGCUAUGAGAAUUGGUGCUAUCACCAUUGGCUAUUUGCUGUAAAUGUCAAGAAAAUGUUCACCAGAUGCAAGAAUGUACAUUUUCUUUUUAGAAAGCCAAAUGUACUUUAGACAUGAAUGCAACUAUUUAAAGAAUAGCUUCAUCUAUGUUAUUCCUUAUAUGUCAUAAGAUUCUUACUUAAACUUGGUCUUCUUUCAAAUUGUAUGAAGAUGCUGUACCCACUUGAACAGUCCUCAGGUGUUUACAUAAAUACUAUGUUUUAGUUUUCAUAUUUUAAAAUAUAAAUAAAGUUAAAUCACAACAGUUCA